AUGAAUCCUGGAAGACCUAUAACUAGUAGUCAUUUUGGUUGUAUUACCCAUCUCUAUCAAAUCGCAUUGUUUGAUAAACAUGAUAAACCGACAAAUUAUAAUAUUACUGUUGACAAGGAUGAUUUAAUUUUGAUCAAAAAACACAAGUGGUAUCUCAAGAAUGAGAUUGUGGUAAAUGAGAAUGGUGUUGCUUUAACAGAAAUCCUUACCGGUGCCACCAAUGUUGAACUGAAAGAAGGAAAAAAAUGUUUUUCACGAAAGAAUCUUGUGAUAUGUGAUGAUUCUACAAAUAAUGAAGAUAUUUGCAUAUUUACAAAAAUUAAAAAAAAAGACGAGAUACUUGGAAUAGGAAUUUAUUGUCCUUUAUAUCCAGAUAGAAGUAUUUUCAAAGUUGUGAAUGAAGAUUAUUCUAUUCAAGAAUCACAGAUUUAUGCUUUA